AACGCAACGACCCCCGCCUCCGUCCGUCAUCCAUUCCGGAAUUGGCAAAAAAGCAGGAAAAUGACGGCUGCUGCUCCCCUCGAAUUUUUUACUGCCGCCAUUACUCCCCCACCUCUGCGAUCUCGCCUCCAUCUCCUCCCCAUCUCCGCCCCGAUCCCUCACCUCCGCCCUCCCAACCUCUCCUCCUCCUCCCCGCCGACCGACCUCCGCUCCGCCGCCCGCCGCGGCUUCGGAUCCUCGACCGCCCCCGAGGUACCGCCGCCGCCGCCCCGCCGGAGCGCCGCCGCCGCCGCCAUGCUGCACGAGAACCCGGUCCUCUCCGAUGCCCUCGCCGCCGCCGUGACCGGCGGCAUCGCCCUCUCGAGCCUCCGGUUGUUCGAGGAAACGGCGAAGCGGGGCCUCUUUGACCAGAAACUUAAUAGGAAGCUUGUGCAUGUAAGCAUCGGAAUAAUUUUCAUGCUUUGCUGGCCAUUGUUCAGUUCUGGGCAUCGAAGUGCACUGUUAGCUGCUACAGUUCCAGGGCUUAACAUCAUACGCGUGCUUCUUGUGGGAUCUGGCAUUUGGAAAGAUGAGGCAAUAGUGAAGUCUAUGAGCAGAUUUGGGGACCACAGGGAACUUCUUAAAGGCCCACUAUACUAUGCUUCUACUAUUACAUUCGCUUGUGCUUAUUAUUGGAAGACUUCGCCAAUUGCGAUUGCAGCUAUAUGCAACCUCUGUGCAGGAGAUGGUUUUGCAGACAUUAUUGGAAGGCGGUUUGGCCAUCAUAAACUUCCUUACAACAGCAAUAAAUCUUUCGCUGGUAGCAUUGCGAUGGCCUCUGCUGGGUUUCUAGCAUCUCUCGGGUUCAUGUCCUAUUUUUCUUCAUUUGGUUAUAUCCAAGGAAGUUGGGAGAUGGUUUCUGGUUUCUUGAUGGUCUCUCUUGCUUCUGCACUGGUGGAAUCGCAUCCUCUGAGCUCUGAGCUUGAUGACAAUCUCACAGUUCCCUUAACUUCUAUGUUGGUUGGGAGCCUUGUUUUUUAGGUUGGCAAGUGGGAGCUUCUCGGCAAAUGUGACAUUCAUUGUAGUAGUCAACAGCGGGGAGCACGCAGAUCCCAAAAACAAUAGUUUUCCCCUCCAAAAGCGACUUCUCCGGUUGGGGAAUAUGGACAAAAUCCUGAGACGUUUUGAGCCUAUUCUACGGGAAACAUCUGGGGUUGGAGAGUUAAGAGGGAUGUCUGACUAACAGUGACAUUAAGGUCAGACAGGGAGAGAAUUAAUUCAACUGCUCAGCGGUGCUUCUCCAUCAUAUCCAUUUUUGACAUCCGAGGAGUUCAACUGUUCUUCUUUGAGUAAGAAGUUUGGAGGAGGGGCUAUCUGAGGUUUCUACAAUAGGAUCUCCAAGAUUUUCCACAUCAGGUUGUUCGGAUACUCUUUUUUCCAUCUCCACAACCAGAUAACUGCAAGCCCACUUGACGACAGCCUCUCAACUGCCUCUCCAUCUAUUUUCAUCUAAUUAUCACCAUCAUCAUCUGCAUGAGGUAAUGUCAUUGUGUGGUAGAGACUCAAUUUCAGAAGAUUCAAAUUCUCCUAACGUCCUUUCCUGUUAAGUAAUGUUUGGAGUCACUUGGGUUACUUCAAUUUGCCUUAAUUUGAAGUGGCUCGUUCUGCCGAUUAUCGAAGGGUAAGAUUCUCUAAUAACAUUUCCUGCUUGGUUACACAAGCUGGAAGAGAAAUUAAGGAUCACAUACAUUAAAAACGCCGCAGAAAUUUCACCUUCUCCUGCAUUACUUCCUUCAGGACUGCUUUAUUGUUUACAGAAUUUGCACGCUUUGCAAAUCUCAAGGUACUAACUGUCUUGCUCCUACAGCUGUAAAUUUGUCCGAGUAAGGAUCCAUAUUCUGAAACCAGGAGAUACUUCUCUUGUGUUUAUUGAAGUGCUCUGGGGAAUUGAUUACCUUUUGUGCAAGAGAUAUAGCGCGCAAGGGAUUGCUAGCUUGCAUUACCACCGAGAGAUUCCUGCAGAAAGAAUGUCGACUUGUAUAUCUGUAUGGACUAUGCCUUUGCUUCCCAGUUUGCGAAAUUUUAGCGAGGAUGUUUAUCAAAGUCUGCAUUCCCAAAAGCAAUAUGAUUAGUAUAGAAUUAAAAAGUCUGUGGCCUUAUUAAAUAAGAGCCUUCACACCACACGGUAAUCUUGUCUGCAAAAGAAUGUGUAACGCAAUAUGCAGGACAUCUGAGAAAGAUGCAUCUAACUGAGAAAAUGCAAAUGCCAUGAAGUACCU